AUGGGCCGGCGAUUAUUCACACAGAAGUUUUCCGAUUACCAUCCACCGGUUGUUGCAUGGACGUCCUCUUGGAUAGGUCGUAAGAGGUCGGAUGGCGGAAUAUGACUAGGGAAAUCCGAGGGAUGUGCGUUCAACAUCUUUAUUAUUAGCUGCACUUUGUCCACAGAUCGAAUUUCUUCCUGUACAUAUACACAUUGCGACAUCGUAGUACGGUGAAAUUAAUAUCUUGCACGAGGUUUUGCAGAUCUUGUUAAUUAGACUUCUCUAUCUAAUAGACAGAAAAUCUGGCCGCUGCUGUCUUACAAGAAGAACACCAAACUCUAGAGGCCCCAAACACCGUGGGGGUUUCGAAUUGCAUUUUCAGAGGGACUCGCUCGGAAUUAUACAAACAUCAUCAUCGUCGAGACCGUGGGCCAUGUCUUGGACUACGACCUCGAGUGGAGACUUGCUCACCAUAUGGCGAAUUGGACGGCUGAACCACGCAAGACCUCACUCAAACGUACGGACGUUAAGCGGUUGAUAUCGGCAAUGAAGGAACACAAGCGAGGAGUUAUGGUACGAACGUUCUGUGAAUAACAUGCUUUAGUCGCGCCACCAAAAACCUAUUGAUGCCGUUGGGGGUAAAACGAAUAAAUAAUUUUUAUACAUCAUUACUACUUAUUUUCGGAGAAAUGGUAAAUAUGACCACGGAUUAUAUUUUGCGGAGGACAUACGAAUCAUAAAUAUUAAUUAAUUGCAUAGUUACCUAUUAACGCAUAGGCGCCGACUUUUAGUUUUAACACGGGGGGCAAAUAAAAAAUUUAAACUACUGUACAUGUACAUAAUUUACAUAUAUAUAACGUCAUAAUCGUGGUAAUUUAUCUCUAGCCAUAUUCAGCCAAUAAUUUGUUUUGAUGAACGUUUCUAUGUUAAAACUCAUUAAAUGCUAUAAUCAAAUAUACUCAAAUAAAUUGUACCCAUACACAAAAAUACUAUUUUUACGUUUUACUUCCGUUAUAAUAGAAGUUUGAGGGCUAUGUAUCCCUUAAAAUUAAAAUUCGGGGACGAUUGCCUUUGUGAAGUCGGCGCCUAUGUAAUUAACGUAUAUGUCCAUGAUAAAAACAAAAUAUGGUUAUAUGAGGCGUUUUAGAUAUUUCGAUAUUAAUUAAUCGAUAAUAAACACCGAUUUGAUAUAGAUGAAUCGCAGACGCUUCGUCCCUGUCAAAAAGUGAGUUCACGGACGUUUCGUCCUCGGCAAUUAUUAAGAUAGGACGUUUGGUCCUGGGGAGUUAUAGCCAUUAAAAUAAACUGCUAACUGUAUAGUUCCCACAAUCAAAUAUUGACCCCUUGAACAUAUGAGCUCUGCUAUUAAUUAUUAUUUUUAUUUUAUUUUUUUGAUAAGUAAUCACUUAAUUAAGCAGGUGUCUGAUUUAAUUUUUACGACGUCUAGAAAAGACAAUUAUUAGUCUUCUGUCCAAAUUUCAAGUCUCUUCAAACGUUUUGAACUGAAUUACAAUAAAAACACAAAAUUGAAAAUAAUUAAAGCAUUAUUUUCCUAAAUUAUCCCGUUUUCCCUGCGUUUUUGUCCUGUUAUUCCCGAUUAUUAUGAAAACUGCUUUAAAAUCAAAAAAUAACCUCUUUAAAGUACAAACUCGAUAAAAUUUCUUUUCAGAAAAGGUACUAUACUUGAUAUAUCGGAGCAAAAUUUCUGAUAGAAUAUUUGUACACAAUAUAAACAAAAAUAAUAAACAUUAUUGUAAAAUCAAUGCAUUCCUCAUUCAGCUCAAAAUCUAAAACUAUCCUUUAUUAUUUUUAUGUAAAGGAUGAUGAAUAUAAUCUCAUAACUAAAAAAAUAUUAGUAUUAUUCAUUGCAACAUAUAAGAAUUAAAGACAAUGUUUCAUUUUAAAAAAGAUUUUAUUAUUAUUUUUACUCUCGUCAUGAUUUCAUUGGAAUGUAUGUAAUGAAUUUAUUACGGUUGGUUUAUUUAUUUUUUAUGAUUUUAGGUAUCUAUACCUAUAGAUAGGUACAUGUUUUUAUAUCCAGUAAUUAAUUCGUAAAUUAGUUUUUUCUUUUUAGAUUUGAGGAAGCAUAUAUCAUCAAUUGCUCUCUUGCUUUAUUUAAUUAAAAAUUAAAUUAAAUAAGAUUAGUAGGUAAUUUAGAAUAAGAGCUGAUACUGUUGACGAGUGUGCUACUGUUGUAGCUGGAAAAUUGAAAAGAUAGGAUAAACUCAUUUCAUUAAUUAUAUCUCAAUGAUUGGAUAAAUUAUUGAAAAAGAAAUAUGAUUCUGAGCAAAUUUUGAUUAAAUAUGUUAUGCAAUUAUGUAUUUUUUAUGAUUUUCGUUAAAAUUUGAUUUUAAAACGCUUAAGCUUUCUGUGUUAAACCUCUUUUGAGUAACGAGAACCCCCAUACGUUUAAUUUAAUAUAUUUUGCAACAUUGCAAAGUCUUCAAUUAAAAAUAAUUGGCAAUUGAUUAUAUUUAUCAAUGCUUAGAUAAUAAUACUUAAGUAACCGAAAAAUUGUAUUUAUUUUUUUUUUAUUAAAUGAUCAUAACGUAACUGUCAUCUAUUUGAUCAAUCGUAUGAAACUUUAGACUUACUACUGGAAUAUAACAAAGAAUAACAACCACGGUUUUUUAAAAGUUUCGCUCACUAUCCGCGUUAAUUUUUCUACUUCAUUUUCAGCAAUGAGACGAAUAAAAACUUAGCUCCUUAAUUCAAUGUGGCAAGAUAGGUUUACAAACUCACCUUUAUUACAUAUUGAAAGGGAUGUAUCAAAAAGUUUAUGCGUUGAUAGUUUACUUGUACUUUUAUUUGUAAAAACGGAUCAUAAAUUUAAGUUAAAAAUUUAACAUUGUGACAUAUUUAAUCAUUUUUUCAAUACAUGAUUAUUAUACAUUAUAGAUAAAAUAGUGUUUUUAUUGUUUCUUUUUAUAAGAGUUAAGUCCAUGGACGCUAGGAUUAAACAUUUCGCGGGAGCAAACUUAUUAUACUGUAUUUUUUGUGUUAAACAUGGAAUACAACUAUUGUAAAACUAAUAAAAUUAAUAUUAUUUCAAUAAACGAAUGUUUAUUAAAAAUUGAUAAUUACAUAUUGUUAGUUUUAAAUUCUGAGUGGAGCGAAGAAGCUUAUGAUUUUACAAAGAUGUUUAUUUUUUUUCUCUGUACAACUUUUCUAUGAAAGGACUUGCUCCGAUUUUUUUGUACAGUAACUUUUCUGAAGGGAAAUCGGAGUGGGGAAGUACCUUAAAAAGGUCAUUUUUCGAUUUUUUCAAAAAUUUUCUCAUCAAAUGUGAAAAACCAAAAAAAAAAAAACCAGAAAAUUUACGAAAUAUAAUAAAUAUAAUAUUACCAAUUUUUUUUUUGUGGACAAUUUUCUACCACCACUUUUAAUGAUAGCAAUAUUUCUGAAAGGAGAUUUCACUUGGAAGGUACUUUAAAGAGGUCGUUUUUCCAUUUUCCCUGAAGUUUUCUCAACAAAUAUGAUAAAGUGGGAAAACUGGAAAAGUUGGUACAACAUACAACAAAUAAUAUUAAAGGAAAUAUAUAGAGCCUAUUUUUAUUAUUUCACUAUAAUAUGGCAUAUAUAUUGUUGACAAAGCAUCACUAUCUACUGAACUCAACUAAGAAUCGUUUUUUCUUAAGCAAUAGUUUAUAUCAUUGCUAACAGGUAUACACUAAAUUACCCAUAACAGUGGCUGCACCCGUCCCCAUUAUCUUAGGACAUUUUUUUUUUUUUUUAUUGAUCGAAAAAAAAAGAAUAUGUACUUAAUAUUUUUAAUGAUAUAAUUUUGUUUUCGAUUGUCUAUUUCAUUUAGGUUAUGCUUGUGUUAGAGAUAGAGUAUUAGAGAUUUUUAAAAGUUUUACUAGUGAUAUUUGGUUUAAUAUACAUAAUAAUAUUAUGUACAUUAUACAAAUUAAAUUACCUUAAAUAUUCUUUUUUCUCGAUUUCUCAUUUACAACAUUGACAUAAUCAUGAUGCUAAAUAUUUCGGUUUUUUUUAAGUAUAAUUAUAAUAUAUUUGCGUAUAUUGUUUCAUUAAAAUGCUAUGUGGUCUAUAGGUAUAAGAAAAUGUGACAAUAUUUUGAAAAAAAAAAGGAAGAAGUUUAAUUUGAUUGUAGGUAGGUUAUUAGAAGGCUUCGUAUAAGAAGCCUUUCAGAACAGUAUAUUAUGGUUUAUUUAUAUUAUAUAUUCAACGACAUUAUUGUACAGCGCUGAUUCAUGCAAUAACAUAUUAUACGUCGUAACAUGUGGCAGCACUGUGCGUAUUUCUCCCGAUUUUUCCUAUUCUAAGCCGCCAAAACGCCGCCAUACAGUUUCCUUCGUCGCGCGCCCGAGUGAUUUACGUUGUUCUCCAGGUCGUCUAAAAUAAAAAAAAUAUGUCUGGCACUUUUUUCAAAUCGUCGUUUACCAUCAAUACGAAAAUGUCAAAUGUCGAAAGUUCAAUAUCGAUUAAGUGAGUAUCACUUUACCUACCUAUUUUAUAUAAUAGUUGAAAUUUCAUUUGUAUGAUUUUUUUUAUUAUUACAUACUUAUACAAAUAAAAAUUCUAGUAUUUUUCUUCUCAGGUUUAUAUAUUAAUUUAAAUCGUUUUAAACAUUUAUGUAGUCACCUAGUUUCAAAACUAACGUUUUAUUUUACGUACCUAUAUUUUGAUUAUAUAUUGUACCUUUAGAUAUUGUGAUUUUCCCUCAUAACCCCUUAUGCGUUCAUUUUUUCUAUAUUAACAAAUAUAUACCUAUAUAUUAUAACAGACACAAUAAUGUAUAGACAUAGACUUCUUAACAAGGAUUUUUAAGUUAGUGAGUCAUAAGCCCAUUUAUUAUAAUAUUACAUACAUACUGAAAUGUUGACCUAAAUAUUACUAUGGGGAAGGAAUUUACCACAUCUUUCAAUCACAUCCAUCAUGUUUUUUAAUCUUACUUUAAAUAAUAAUCAAGGAUAUAUUGUAGAAGAAAAUGUUUUAAUUAAAUAUAAUAUGUUUGUCUGUAUUAUUAUUAUUAAGUAUUUUUUUUUUUUGUUGUUGUAAACACGCAGUCCCAUGGGGUGUUAAAAUUACGUUUACAGGAGUUAAGGCCCUUCUAUAUAUACAGUUAUGCCGAUGUGAAUAGUAACACAAAAUAUUACAGUUAUCGGAUUAUACCAUUGAUCGCCCAUCUCCAGUCCAGUUAAACUAAUAUGUAAAGAUCUGCUCAAAAUAUUAUAAAAAAUGAUAAUAAUAUUUAUAUGUUAGGAGUUUUGUUCCAUUAUUUCAAAAAUUGCAUAAUGUAAAAUGCAUUAAAAACGAUUGCAUAAAAAGUAUAAACAUUCAAUGAUAUAAACUAUAUAGAUUAUAAGUACGCGAGCAAUAUUAUCAUAAGUUAGCAAUGUACUUUCAUAGAGAUAUAACUUAUGAAGUAGUACCUACCCAUAUAUCACAUUUUACAGUUUAGUUUUGUUAUAAAAAUAUAAUAUAGGUAUUAUUUUUUCUUUCAAUGCAUUUUCUGGGCUACAUUGACCACAUUGUGGUCAAAACGAUUUUCAAAAUUAAUAACACAUAUUUAAAAAUACUUUUUUUUAUUGACUUUUUUAUACCAUUAUUUGAAAUCAAAUGAAAAAUAGAAGUUCAUUGUGAUCUGUAAGACGUUGUUAUUUACCAAUUUAAAAAAAUAAGUUAGGAAAGCCCACUCUGAGAGAGUGUAAAGUUCUUCAUUUGUAAACCUAUUUAAAAUGAUUAAUUGUAAUGCUAUACAUUAUACUUUUAAAAGAAUUUAGUUAUUAAAUACUUUAAUUUUUAAAUUUCUUAAUGUUCUUAUACUUUGAUAUUUAUUUUUUUUAAAUUGUCUAUUAUGAAUUUAUAUUUUUAAAAGGUAUUCUUAUUCAAAUGAAUAUUUAUAAUGAUAUGUAAUAAUAAUUAUAUUACAAAUAAUAUAUUACCUUGCCAAUCAAAUCAACAAUCAUAACAAUAUAGCAGAACAACGAAGAAAUGAUCAUAAAAUGAUAGGAAAAUAUUACAUAAACAAUAAGUUAUACCUAUUUUUGUAAAGAAAUUUUUGUCCAUAAAAAUGGCCACAUCCCUUCCCCUAAAUGAGUAUCCAGUAAUAGAUUUAUAAGACAUUGGGCUUAUCUUUAAGGUGAAUAUUAAACUGCUAAAAAAUGUUUACAACUUUACAAUAUUGAAGAAAAAUUAAUGUAGUAAAAAUUAUGGUAUAACCUAUACAACAGUUUACAUUUUAGUUUUACUACGAAAAGUAGAUAAAUACAUUAUACCUAGGUAUAGGUACCUACAAUAUUUUCAGUCACGACUAAUAAGUUUAAAAUUGUUUUAAUGAAUUUAAAAUUUCCUUAUAAAUAAUACUUGGAUAGACAUUUUAUUAUGUUUAGUAAAUAUUAAUGAUACAAGGUAGACAAAGUAUGCCUAUGUGGCCUAUGUAUUAUAGGUAGGUUUAAAUGUAUAAUUUUAAAAGCAAUUAUAAACCAAUAAUAAUUAUUGUCUUAAAUUGUUGUUUACUCGUAUAUAAGUAGUAAGUGUCAUUUAAAUGGAUUGUUUAACGGUUUUAAAAUCGAUAUAUAAAAAAAAGAAGAUUUUACGAAUGAAUAUAUUAAUAUUACUACGCUUUUAUGGAAAUGAUUGAAGUACCUGUAUACCUAUACUUAUGCAUUUUAAUUAGAUAGGUAGGUAGGUAUAAAUAUAUAGAAAAACAUAUAUUUUUCACGUGACUGUACUUAUCGUUUACGUAGAAAAUAACACCAUCGCAUAUAACAGUAUAAUAUAUUCUUGCGUUUAUAAUAAUAAUAAUAAUAAUAUUAAUAUUAUUAUUAUUAUUAUUAUUAUUAUUAUUACGAUCUAUUGGGUUACAAUAUAAGUAUAGACGUGGAUUGAGCCCUCCCAUUCAUGUGAAGUUUUUGACAAUGUAAAGAUGUGUCGGAACAGCGCGAUUGUUUCGUCAUGCUCAAAAUAUAUGGGACUAUAAUACUAUAUAAACUAUUAUGUUGCAGAGUAUAAAAAAAAGUAUGGAAAAUAUGCUUCCAAUUAUAUAAUGUGACAACCUCAGGGUACUUAUAUAUUAAAAACGUGAUGGUAACAUUUUUUUGUAUUAAUAUCUAUAGCAACUAUACAUAGGUAUACAUGUUUCAAUAAAAAAAAAAAAAUGAAUUAAAUUUGUUUUUAAAUCACGUGCGGAUUAUUGUCACAUAUGCUUAAUGUUUAUCAUAAAUUAUCUUUACUAUAUACUUAUUCAUAAUAUAUUAUAAAAUAUAACAUAAUAUAAAAAUUACAUUUCUAUAGACUAUGUAGUAGUAGUAGAUCUACCAUAAUGCUGUAGAUAUAUUAUAAAAUAUAAUUCUAUACUAUAACCUGCCAACUAUAAAAAUGCAGUUUAAUUUUUCUGUAGAUUAUAUUUUUUUUUUUUAUUUAUGUCUUUAUCUACUAAUGCAAUUUAAAAUUAUUUAAAUAUAUUUAAACUAGUUGUUAAUGUGGUAUUUACAUACAACUAUAUCCCGUAGAAAAUGGAUAUUAAUUUUAAUUUAUAUGUUCCUUUUAUAAUUCAAAUGCGUUAAUAGUGUAAUAAGAAUAGUUAUAUCUUUGUUUUUUUUUCUAAGUACGAAUUUUAUUUUAAUUGUUAUUCACGAUAUUUUGCUGUAAAAAAUUCAGGUCGAUUAAUCCAUGGGAAACCGAGCGUUUGAUAAGAUUUUUUGGGCGUCAUACUGACACAAUCCUGUGUUAGUCAGACCGUACAGUGGGAAAUGUACCUGCCUACCUACAAGCUACAAGCAACCGACAUGUUUUUCUUACCCACCUGCGCACUAUCUAUACACAAUUCUACCGUGUUUUUAUACAUUUUACUGAUCGAAAAUAGAUUCAGCCGAAACAAAUUGAUUAGUAGACACUUUCUAAGUGUUAUUUGCAAUGGUACGUAUACCUAUAAUAUAUACACAUCUAUCUGCUGAAUUUCCAUUGCAAAACUGUCAACUUAAUUUGUUGAUUAGGAAAAUAACGAAAACCAUAACAAGUAUGGUAUUAAUCUAAUAUGUAAAUGUUACAAAAAUACAGACAUAGUGAAUUACUAAAAAUUGUUUUAAAAAUACUAAUAUAUAGAUAUUUUCAUAUUUUGAUUGCAAAUAAUUAAAUAAAAUGUUUUAAAAUUGCAUAAAAUGCAUGUUUCUAAAUGUGCAACUAAUUUGUUACUCAGUAAUAAUUUACUUGGAAUCUUAAAAUAAAUAAUCUUAGAAUUAAAAUGGUAAGUUAGGUUCUGUUUUUAAUUUAAUAUAUAUAUUUGUAUUAAAGAAAAACAAACUAUAUAAAUGAAUAAAAAAAGAAAAAGAUGGACAAGGUUCGUACGUUAGGUGGGCUACUAACUGUUGUAGUUGAGCAGUUAUAAAGGAAAGGUAUAGGAUAUAAGAUGGUAAUUUAAUGUUUAUCUGUAUGCAACGAUUAAUCAUUGCUAACGAAAGAUAAUUAUUUGCGGAGUUUUAGUUUGGUCUAUCAAUUUAAUCCACAGAGUAUUUACCGUGAAUAAAAAUUACGUAAAAAACUCACAAAAUUAAUGUCAAUAAAUAGCUCAAAAAUGAUUCAAAUGUUUUUAAAAUGUUACCACAUCUAUAAAAGGAAAAUAUAAGGUUUCAGUCCAAAUUUCAAGUCUCUACGAACAUUUUUAACGGAAUUAAAAUAAAAAAAGAAAAAUCGAAAAUAAUAAAAGCAUUAUUUUUGUAAAUUUUCCAGAUUUUUCUACAUUCUUUCCCUGUUAUUCUCGUUUAUUACGAAAACUGCUCGAAAAUUAAAAAAUGACUACAUAUGGAAUUUUUAGACGGUUUGUAAAAAAAGGAAUCUGAACUAUUUCUAUCUUAUAAUAUCUAUGUGAUGAAAAUAUCUUAGCUAAAAAAUGUUUAAAAUAUAUGUUUCGAAUUGAUAAAAUUAAUUCUAUUGUAAUAACUAAUUUUAAAAUAGUAUUUUGUUAUUUUAACGGCUGUGUUGGAAACAUAUACCUACUGAUGAACUAUGAACUUUAAAAUAAACAACAGGUAAUAAUAACAUCACGGCAACUUCCCACUUCUUUGAUAUAAAAUUAUGAUCUUUAAUUAUCCAUGCAUAAAUUAGGUAUAUACAUUAUUAGUAGCGCGAUGAAGUGAUUUUUGUUACAGGGUCCAACAUUUUUAGAAAUAAUUAUUCAUAUUCCUUUAAAGAUACAAAAGUAACGUUUUCUAUAAUAUAUUAUUAAAAUUAUACGUAGGUAAUAAACUGCUGACUGUAUAGUUCCCACAAUUAAACAUUGGCCCCUUUAAAACAUGAACACUGCUAUUAUUUUAUUUUUAUUUUUUUGAUAAGUAAUCACAAAAAUAAGGAGGUGUCUGGUAUAAAAAAAAAUAUCUAUUCCAAGUUAUGGUUCUAAAUAAAUGAACAAUACAAAAAGUUGUGAAUGGUCUUUUAAUAUAGUGUUUUAAAUUUAUUUUAUUUUUUUGAAAAAUGUAUUUAAUAGGUACUGUAAAAAAAGUUCUAAAAAAGUUUCGUCCUAGUACUUUAAAAAGUAUAAAAGUAUAGCUAAAUCCUGUAGAUUUCAUAUGCUAUUCGUAGUGGUGAUAAUCUUAAACAAUUAAAAACUAAUUGGGGGGAAUAAAUGCAAGAAGUUAUAUAUUAUUAUGAGCUCUACAUUCGACAUUGUUAAUAAGAUGAAAUUAUUUAUUGUUCUUUAAAAAUUGUACACACCAACACACCAAAUACUAUGCUAUUUACAACCUAUAAGAUAAAUUUAAAUCUUUGGUUUUUGGAUAUUAACAACACCAUAAAGCAUAUUACAUUUAAUUGUUGAUUGUUUAAUAGUCCAACUCAAAACUCUUAAUCGAAAAAAAAAAUUGUUGAUUGUAAAGCACUUUUUAUAUCUAUUGAAAUUAAUUUUAUUAAAUUUAAAUGAAUUAAAAUGCUGUUUAGCUUAGUAGACCAUUUCAUUUACAACGCUUUUCGCUUUUUUAUUUUCACCAAAUUAUUAACGGCCCAUGACAACUGGGUCAAACGUUCACUUAACAGCGCCCGCAUCAUAUAUGAAUUACAAAUUAUGAAGUUUAGUAAAAGGAAACAUGAGAUUAGUCGAGAUGAUUGUUGUGUAGUUUUACUACUUUGAAGCAAUCUGAUAUUUUCACGAAUAGACAUUAGGUUUAAUAUAUUUUAGGAUUUGUUAUAGUUUCAAGUUUGUAAUUUGUAUACGAUUUAUUAUACAAUCAAUUUUCACAUAUCAUGAAGGAAUGGUUAGGUACUUUAAUGCUUAUAUGGACAAAUCAAAUAUUUAAGUGAUUAAUUAAAUAUUAUUUUUAUUAUAGAAGUUAUAUAGAAUAGAGUAUACAUAUAUACAUAUAGGUGACUGUCUCAAAAUAAUAUAACAACUAUAUCUAUAAGUAAGUUAAAUUUAUAUUUAAGAGUGGAUUAAUUAAAAUUUCGUUUAUGUGAGAACAUUUAUGUACAUGUAUAACGAAAAAUUGCAGUUAUAUAAAGUGUAAACGUACUUAUUACAUCUGUAUUUUAGACAGAUAUCUUCAUUAAAUACUAAAUGGAUCCAUAUAAGUCUGUAGGUACUAGAAUUUAUAAAUUAUUAUAAUCAUGAGUUUAAUGAAUUUAUACGAAGAUUGCUGUACUUAUAGAAAUGAGAAUGAAGAAUCUUCACACGUUGAAUAAUAAACGUGUAUCUAAUAUGUUAUUAUAUUUAACUUAAUAUAUUAAUACUUAAUAAUAUUACGAGCAUUAUAAUAAUCAUUAUCAAGUUGAUUUCAUAUUUUAUGGUGCGAAACACGAUAAAAAACAAAUAUGAUAGAUUUGUAAUCUGAAACCGAUGACCCUUAUUACAAAACAUUCUCGGUAAAUUAUAUUUAAAUUUACAAGGUAAAUAGAUAAAAAGUUAUUUUAGGUGACUAGACGCCUAUUGUUAAUAAAAAUAACAUUUUAAAUUUACAAGAGCAAAAGUAACAAUAUAAUAUACCUAUUUAUUUUAUUUGUUUUAAAACAUCUAUAAUUGUUUAAAUAAAAUCAAAGCGAAAAAUAUCUAGGUAGGUACCUAUAUAUUAUAAUAUAACCUAGGUAUAUUUAAUUAUCCUUGUUGUGUCCGAACAUCCGUUCGUCUACAUAGUUACUAGUACAUAUAAUAAUUAUAUGGUUGUUAUAGCUGUUGAUUUGAUUGACAAGAAGAAUAAUUACAUUAUUAAUAAUAUUUAUUAUUAUCAUUAUAAGUAUCAAUUUUAAAUAAUAGGUGCCUAUCAAAUAUAAGGGGUAUCUACCGUAAGUAGUGGUUUUUUUUUUUUGUUGAAAACAUAUGUUUCUAGUUUCAAAGCGCGUGGCUCCAUAUGCACUCCGAUAAGAAUUUUGAAAAUAUUCCUAGAUUUUGUAGAAUUUUCUCAAGGGAUCGAUUGAAACAAUUUACCAAUUAGGUCUUUUGUUUCAAAAUAAAAAAUCAUUCAAGUUUUUAAAAUUUGCUUUUUUUCAAAAAGUUUAACGAAAGUCCUGUUACUAUUUACAAAAAGCGGUAUUUAAUUUAUUUAGGUUUCUAGACAUAAGACUAUAUUAUGUUAUAUUAUGUUUUCUUUUAAAAUUACAAAUUAUAGUUAAUUGUUUAAAAUAAGUACGUUUAGAAAUCGGAAACUUUGUACACUCGGAAAGUAAGUUUUUCUAAUUUUCUGUUCAAUCAUAUUAUAUUGUAGGUAUUGAGCUAUUAGUUUUGUUUUUUAUUUUAAAACAGUACGUCCAUUCAACAACAAAAUUUAUGAUCAAAGACUUCUUCGCGUUCAUCACAUAAAAAAAUGGACGCGACACAGAAGGGUUUACUCAGAGAUCACAGGAUCCCUUCUGCUGAUACCGACCAAGAAUAUUUAGAACAGUAUCAAGAAAAAAUAGUGGACAGUCAAAAUCGCCAAUUACUUCCAUUACAAGAAGAUUUGGCGGACUGGAUCAAUAAAUCAUUGGGUAAGUGGAUGGUAAAAUUGCUAUACUUAUAAUAGUUACUUACUUGUUCAUUUUUGAAAUUUAUAUUUGUUUGUUAACUAUCAAAUCAAAAAUGAUGCAAUAGUCAAAACCUUAGGAACGUGCAUUUAUAACUUAUGUACUUAUGUAUAAGUGCAAUCUAAAAAGAACUUCCAGUAAAAUUGUUAAGCAAUUCUUAUCGGCCAAAACAAUUAUAUCCACAUAAAACCAAAUGAAAACUAAAAAAUGUCAAAUAUGAAUAGCUUAAAAAUAGCCAGAAUAUUUUUUAAAAAAAAUGACCAUCUCUAAAAGACCAACAUAAGUAUUUUAUGGAAAUGUCAGGUCUCUAUGAUUAUUUUUAAUCGUAUUACAACAAAAAAAAAAUAAAUUCGAAAAUAAUGAAACAGUUUUUUCAGUAAACUUUUCUAUUUUUUCCGAGUUAUUAUAAAAACUAAAAGAAAAUGAAAUACUACACUAGAAUUUCGGAGCAAGAUUUUUGGUAGAAAAACAAAAUAAGAAAUAUCACAAAAAACACUUCGAAAUUUAUAACUUGUCUCUAUUUUUAUGAUCUUAAAAAUAUAGUCCAAUUUAUUUUGAAAUAUGCUAAACAAAUGACGUUUCAUACGAAAAAUAAAAAAAAUUGUUUAUACAUUUUUUAAAAACCGAAACCUGUGAAAACUUUUUUACAGCCUUUCUCCCCCCCCCCUCCCGCUUGUUAUUUCAAUUAUAGCGAUCGUAGGGAAACUCAAACAAAUUUUGAUUUCUGAUACAUGUCAAACAAAUGACUAAGCACCAAAAACAAAAAAAAACAAAAACAAAAAUUUAAAUUUUGAAAACUCAAGGACUGGAGAAAAGUUUCUACAGUUGCCCAUUGGUAUUUCGGUUAUAACCUAUGUAAGAAGUCUAUACAAAUUCUAGAAUGUGCCAAACAAAUGAUCUACUGUAAUAGUCAAUUCAUGAAUAUUUUAAUUUUAUGAAAAUUCACCUAUAUUAAUAGGUAUUUAACAAAACAAAUUAUGUAUAUAGGCGUCUAUAGACGCCUGUAAUACCUAUACCUAUACAUUUAUUAGGUAAGUUAAUAAGGUUAAAUUAUCUUAUUCACAAUUAUUUAUUAAUUCAUCAUUAUUAUUUUGAAAAUGUAUUUAUGUGCGCGUUAUAAUGAAAAGAAAAUGAUUUUUUAAACAUUAGCUAGGUAAAUGAUAUAGGUAUUGAUAUAAUAUUUGUUCGCCCGCAACUAUUAUUUUUCCGAUUCAACCGUUUUUACAUUGGGUGCGCGGAGACCUAAAUUGCACCUGGUGUGAACAGUAUUUCUGAACUCCCCUUCAAUAAUAUAAUUUUAUAAGUUCGUGGCAUUAUUAUUAUAUAUAUAUAUAUAUAUUUUUUUUAGUAACACACAAUACUCGUUAUUAUAAUUUAGGCACAUAUUUAUAUUAUUUUGGCUAAAUAUUACUAUCAAAUAUAAUAUUAUGUACUGUUCAAAAAAAUGUAUUUAUAGUGACUAUAUUAUCUACUUUACAAUAGAAAAUAUAUUGUAUAAUAUUAUACCGAUGAAUACCAACUGGUCCUUGUGGAGUGAACGUAUAGACAUAGACCGUGAUGUAUCAACUAAUACGAGUAUAAUAUGUUAGGUAAAUUGAUGCAUCAUCAAUUUUCAGUUUCACUUAAAAUCUGUUAAAUUAAAUCUAUCUUGAAAUCACAUAUAAGUGAAAAUAAAAUCAGUAGUAUUAUUUGUAGUACACUAGUACCUAUACUAUAAAUUGAUAGUAAAAUGACCACAUUAAAUACUCACGGAUUUAAUUAUUGGCAACUCCCAAAAAUUGCUUUAUCAUUAUCUUAAUUUUGAAUCAUUUUAAAUCUUUUCUCCUUGCGUUAAAUAAAUCAUAGUCCAUAAUAAUAUAGUUAAAUAUUUAAAAGAGUACAUUAUAUUCAAUCAUCAAAAUAUUACUAUGUAUUUACAAUUUUUGGAUUACGUGUAUACAAUUUAUUUUAUUUUAAGUAAAGGUAUGAGCUGAAUUAAAUUGUUAUAAUAUUUUUCUACGCUGCAUAUUGCAAUAUUCGAUUUAGAAGUCACGCAAAAGGAUUUAUGAUGCCUACAGUAAAUGGGAAAUCAGAAAUACUGCAAGCCUCAUGUCAUAAUUUAUUUGGGUUUGUACCCAGGUACGAGCACGGAACCCAUAAAUAUUAUCAUUUUUAUGUAGGUAGCUAGGUAUUUUUUGAAGCCAUAUGUCACGCUACAUUGCUGUAUUAAGUAUCGUUAUACCUAUUCAAAAUUCAACUAUAUUCACCAUAUUGUUAUAUAAAACGAUUUAGUUCUUGUAUAUUAUGUAAAACAAAAACUACAUUAUUAUUUGCUUCGUAUCUAGUUGAGUUUUAUUAGAAUCGCUCAAAUCACUGUUUAACAUGAAAUAAAUCUCAACAAAUCAUAAAUAAUAACAAAUUAAAUAUUUUGUUUGUGCUUCGACGUUUUACUUAUAUAACUUAUUACAAUAGAUAUAGCUUAUCAAAAUGGAUAAAUACGAUUUGUAUAUUAUAUCGGAAACAAUUUAAGCAAAUGUUGUCCAACUGUUAUGAUCACUCAUCCUAAAAUAAAACAACUAUAGACACAAAAAAUAAAUAAAUACUAAUUAUAAUUUAUAUCACAUGUCGUAAUCACGUAGACAAGUGUAGGUGUAUAUUUUAUGCUACGUCUGUAGGUAUAAUGUAAUUUUUAAAAAGGUGUUGUUAUAUUGCAGCUUAUAAUAAUAGUUCAUAGUAUAUACUUCCAAGAUUAUUUUUUUUUUGAUUUAAAUAGCAAUUAUAAAUUAUGUCAACUUAUUUAGAAAGUAGGUAGUCACAGUUAAUGUUAUAGUAUUUCUGUUAUUUUAAAAUAUAUUUGAAGGUUAACGGUUAAUAUUUUUAUAUUUAAAUGUCUUGUAAGUUAUAUACUCGUAGUACGCGUUAUUAUCAGUCUUCGUGCGUUAACUAUGCAGAUGAUAUUAUAAUUUAUAGAUCAUAUAGGUUUAAAAACUAUAUUAUUUUUAUUAUUAAAAAUAUAUACAAAUUCUUACGUAUUGAGUAAUUAUUUUAUAGUUUUAGGCAAUGGUCUAUACUUAUAUAGAUACAUUCUGAUUGAUCUAAUUUCUAUAUUACAAAAUAUAUAUAUAUAUAUUGGUAUACCUAAUUACUUAAUAAUGUUUCAGUCGAAAUGUAUAAGUUUUCUUGUUUAUUCGUUUUUACAAUUUAGUAUGUGUAUUCUUAACAGCAUCACGUCUACAGCCAUGCUCACACACUAUCUAUGUUAUAUAAUGUAUAUAUAUAUAUAUUGUUAUACAUGUAUUCGUUUGACUACUGUAACAAAUCAAGAGUUCAUGACUAUAGGGGGUUCGUUGGCCUAUAUAAUUUGAAGUCGCCUCCUGUUUUCCAUUCUAAAUAAAAUCGAUCCUGCUAUAUUCCAGCCAAAAGGUCACAUAAUAAUUUUGUUUAGGUAUUUGGUACCUAAAUAUAAUAACGUCUAACAUCAUACUAUGUCUAGUUGUAGGUAGUCUAGUUACAAGAAGAGUAAUAAACUAUGUUGGUAGACUUUGAAAUGUCACGCAUAAAAAAAAUAUAGUCAUAAUAAUAAUAAUAAUAAUAAUAAAUAAGAAAAAUAAAAUAAGAACACAACCAUAACAAAAGGAGCCAUGGCAUCUUUCGUGAUUCACUAUUCUAUCUUUCUCGCCUAUCUUCUAUUAUUUGUGGAACAAAAUAAUGGAUGUUUUAUUAUAUUUUAUUUUUAUUUUUUCAUAGAUAGCGGUUUUUUUCCUUUUUAAUAUUGUGUAACCGUAUUCAAUGAUCAAUAAUUUCACUUGCUUAUAUAAAUUGCAUAAACUGCGUAGUUAUCCCUCGAAUGUCUAAACUCUAUAAAAACAUAUCCAGCCGAGAGGGUGAAAUCAAUAUUAUUUCAGUUAACCCAGUCACAGCAUCCCCGGAAUGACGUCAGUACAUUGCCACCCGUCCAAGGCCAAACGGAAAAUACUAGUGAAAACCAUGCUUUGAGAAAAAUAUAAUAUUUUUAUACAUAUUAUACACUUCAUUAAAUAUUUCUAUUUAUUAUAAAUGUUUCUACCUAUAUUUAACGAUUCUGUAGUAUAUGUAUAGGUUUAAAUAUAUAUACUAUAAUAAUCUCGUUAUGAUAAAAAUACUUACCUUUCUAUUAGUUACUGUAUUUAUUAAUAAUAAUAAUUAACUAAAAAUUAAGUUAUAGACGCAUUAAAACAGACAAAAAGCGAAUAUAUGAGUACAUUUAAUUUAACUGGUAAUGACAUUAAAUUUAUAAAAAGUAAGAAGUAAAAAUGGAGAUGAGAAAUAUUAUUAUACGAAAUUCAACAGGCUAUUUUCAAUAGUUUUUGAUUUUACAAUUAUUAUUUAGCACCCAUUAUAGUUAUACUAAAACAUUUAAUAUCAAAUACCAAACAAUUCUAGGUAAAAACAAUAAUCAGGACUCCUUUUCGAUAUACAUAUAACAUUUUACUGAUCAACUUUCUCCAAAUGUUUUUUUUAUACUAAAUAACAUAUUCUGAUAAUUAUGUUAAACAAAAUUAAAAUCUUAAUAUGUCUACUAAAAAAAUAGUCUUUUAAAUUCCACCGAGGUUUAAAAUGUAUAGAUAGGUGUUUUCAAUGUCGUUUGUAUUUCAUAAACCAAAUUUAAAAUUAAAAUAUGAUAUACAAUUAAGUUUAUCAUUUCUUAAAAUGGAAAGUUUUGAAGUAGACUAAUGUGUUGAUAUUUGAAUGUGAAAUUGUAAAAGUAAUUAUCUAUAAUUGAAACAUUUUAGACAAGUUGGAUAGGUUUAUAAUAUUAUUAUUUAUAACACAAUAAGUGGAGAGAUAAAAUAGAAAUGUAAGGAAGUAAACUCGCAUGGAGUGAAAAUUAUUUCAUAACAUUGCAAGUAGUUUUUAAUCGUAUCAUAUUUUUAACUUUAAACAUAAUAUGACAUAUAGUUAGUGAAUUGCAAAUACGUCUUAGGUGUUAAUUGAGAAAUAAACCAAUUUCUAUUAAUCAACCCAUUCAAUUUUUAAUAGUGGGUACUUAUAUUGUAAUAAAUAUAUGAAUUUUCCUAAAAUUUAGUGAUUAGUAGAUCAAAAAUAUUCCAUGACCCUCGCAACAUUUUUAAACACUACCAGGUUUUUGUUAAAUUUUAUUUUUAUGUGGUAUACAAAUCAAUAUUAUUUUUAUAUACUUGAGAUUAUAUAGUUAUAUACGUUUAUUAUUGAACGUCAAUUAAACUGGUAUCUAUAAUGAUUGUUAAAUGAAAUGAAAAAGAAACAAAUUAUUGUUAUGAAUAGAAAAUAUAAUUUGAUUUAGGUAUGGAUAUAUUUGUAUUCAAGGGUGUAUACACAGGGAGAUGUGUAGAUAGAUACCCCCCACUCAUUUCCAAUUUUUAUAUAUAUAUAUAUAUAAUGUACCAGAAUAUAACGAAAAUGGAUAUAUUUUUACAAAACUAAAGUCAUUUACUAAACUACACCAAUUUAUCAAUUUAAAAGUUGAAAAAUUUUUUUAACGGGUUGUGAAUUUUUCAAACCAGCGAUCGCCACGAAUAUUUAAAACAAAUUUUAAUUCAGUUUUUCUAUCAUAAUAUCAUUAAUGGAUCUAUUAUUUACGUUAUUUUAAAAAUAUAUUAUAGUACUAUUCUCUAUAACUAAGUAUCUACCUAAAUUGGAAAGUGUUUGGCGUCUGCAUAAAUCGUUAAUGGUUUUCCGUAAAUCCAAUAUUCGAUUUGGGUCACCAUCAUUGUCGAAGAUAUUUAGUUUUUUUUUUUUUUUAAAUUGUAGUAGUAAUUUAUACAUAAUAUAAAAUACCUAUCUAAAGUAGGUUAUCAUUUAUUUUAUAGUACACUUACCUAUUUUAAUAAUCUAUAUUUAUUAAUUAUUACAAUACUGUCAAUACUACUUAGAUAUUCGAUAUGUAAAUUAUCUUCUAAAUUAAGAAUUAUAAUUAUUAACCACUUAUAAAAUAUAUUGUGUAGUUCAACCAGUGGCGGAAUUAUGGGGGGUCCAAGGGGUCUGGACUCCAUCCCAGACACCAAUAUAAUUUAUCAAUAAAAUGUUACCUAUCUUAAAAUACAUAUUAUUUUCCAGACUACUAAUUCAAUUUUCUUUUUUUUCUUCACCUUCAACUCAUCUAUUUGGGAUCAGCCACUCUCACCCUAAACUCCCAUUUGACUCUAUCUCCCACAUCGAUAUCACAUUUUUUACGUUCUAAGUGGAUUAUGAUCGAUAAACUAAUCCAUAGAGUAAAGUUAUAAUUCGAAUUUUUUUUUUAUAUUUAUCAUUUGGCCUGUCCUAAUAAAAUUGUCUAGUUAACUAAUGAGAUUUUUGUGUUCGAUUGGUGGGAAAAAAAUGCAAUAAAAAACCAGAUACCACCCAUUCAUCCUUAUGUUUGAUUGCCUAAUCUAACCUACAUAUCUAUAACAGAUGAUUUAUAUAAGUGGAUAAUAUAAAGCACUUAAGAAAUUAAAUAACGUCUUAUAAGAAUUGACUGAUUACAAUAUUAAACAUAUAUUUUACAUUUAUAAUGUAAUUUCACAUAUUAUACACAAUAAUUCGUGUAUUUUCUGUCUGUUUAUAGUAUUCAACUGGUAUAAGUUAUGAAUAAAUACGUUUAUAAAUGGUGUAAGAUACGAAUAUAUUGAUUGUAUACAUAGUGUGAGGUACACGUCAUAUAUUACAAACUGGCGUAAUAAUAAAGAGAAACGCUGUUUAAAAAUUAAAAUUAACAAUUGAUAGGUAUGUAAGGAAUAAAGGUAAAAUAUUGAGCAUUUUAUUUUCUAUACACGACAUACCUAUUAUUAGCCUACCCUUACACGAAACUACAGUGUUAAACUAAACUUUUUUUUUUUUUUUCAAGCAUUUCUGUUUAGUCUAAAACAAUUUUAUCCACAGAUUACCUACCAAAUAAACUUUACGUUAAAUUCGCAAAAUUAAAAUGUUGAUAAAUAACUCACAGAUGGCUCAAAUGUUUUAAAAAUUAUAACACGUCUAAAAAAAUAAGGUUUCUGUCCAAAUUUUAAGUCUUUACGAAUAUGUUUAACUAAAUUACAACAACAAAUACAAAAUUGAAAACAAUAAAAGAAAUAUUUUCAUAAAUUACACACACCAUAUAUUAUAUAAUAUAAUAAUACAAAGUGUCCUGGAACUGCGUUUUACCUUUUUAGUCCUACCGUAAAAAAUAUACGCGUUCCGUGUUUUCCGUGCUGCUGGACCGUAUAAAGUAACUCAGAGCCGUUUCAAAAUAAUUUAAAUACCUAUCUAUAGGAUCUUUUGUGUAAAAGAACAGAGACUUUGGCGAAAAUUCAAAACAUAGGAUUAAGUACGUGUAGGUGUUUUGCAUCACCUGAAGCAUCAGGUGUUUUAUGUGAAUUUGAAUGAGACUUAAAAGGAAGUUCUACAAAAGUGUGGCGAGAGCGACUAUGUUGUAUAGUCUGCAGUGUUGGGUGGUAGAUAGACAAAUAAUAUAACAGGGAAUGAGUGUAGCAGAGAUAAGGAUGUCUAGGGGGAUGAGUAGAAUAACGAGAGAAGAUAGGAUUAGGAAUAAAUACAUUUAUGUAUUCAUUAAAUAAGUUUAUUCAUUACCUCUUAAGGUAGCUUAAGCGUGGCUUCGAUAUUGAACAACAAAAUGAGAGAUAGGCUAAGAUGGUUUGGGCACGUUAUGAGAAGAGAAGAAUCAGAAUAAGUAGUAAAAAUUGGAAUGGAAAUUAACUUAGGUGGAAUGAGGGAGUUGAGAAAGACUGAAAAAAAGGUUAUUGUAUGCGAUUGAGAAUAUGAGAACAACCGUUUGGAAGUUUAGAAUGAAGAGGACUGACCUCAAAUAGUUAGGAUGAAGCCAUCGUAAUAAUUGCAUGUAAUAUAUUACUCUGAAACACGUUCAUUAUUUGUACAAAUAUUCAAUACGUUUAUAUAUACACGUAAUCUAGAUCAAAUAUUUUCCUCGAAUAUUUGUGCUCUUUUGCAUAUCGAUUUCAUAAAAAAAAAUUAAAUAGGUACUUACAUGCAUAUAACAUAUGAAUUAUAAAGGCAAUUAUAUAUAUUAUAAUAUAAUACAAUUAUAAAAAAAAAAUUGAAUUAUUAUAAAACAGGUACCUAUGGGUGAAGAUAAUUUACUGAUAAAUAAAAUAAUAAAAUAUGUAUCACGUGUUUUUGUAUUGAAAUCAGUUUUAAUUAAUCGUUGACCUUUUGUAUAAAAUGUAUUUUUAAUUUUUACUAGCAUAUGGUAGGUACCCAUGUUUUGUGUAUAAAAAUAGCGUUUUAAGAAAAUAUCAAUAUAUUAAAGAAAUACGUAUGUAUUAUUAUACCUAUAUAGGCAUUUUUUUUUCUGUAACUACAAACAAAUUACAAGUUUUUAUUCAGGGCAAAAUGUCAAGAUCAUCAGUAUUACAGAAUAUGAUAAAUUAUAUUAAUAGAAUUACAGUUUAGACUGCAAUACGUGUAUUCACAUUUAUCUAUAAUAGAAGAACAAAAAUAAGACCAUUUAAAAAAUUUAUUGUUUAUUUCAAAUUUAAAUGUACGACAAGUAGUUAACGACCUACGUUAUUAAAUCCUUCUAUAUAAUAUAGUUUCUCUAUCUUAUGGUUUUAGUUCUUUGUAUUUUUUUAAAUAAAUUGAGAUUAAAUAAUUUAAAAAAGUAUCUACCUAGUUAUUUGUGUAGCCGUGUAGCUAAUAUAAAUCAUUUGAUUUGCUAUAAAAACAAUUUGUUUUUCAGAUAUCGAUUGGUUGAAUGCUAUUAAUCUUUUAGAUAUGUUGGACAACGGUGUCAUCCUGUGUCGCUUAGCCAAAACAAUUGAAUGCUUAGCACAGGAGUCCAUAAUUACAGGGCACUACAAAGGCGUAUGUCGAUUUAUGUUUAAUAAUUUAUAAUACAUAUAUAAUUUAAGAAUUUAUGGACAACUAUGAUUAAUAAUUUGUCAUCAUUUUUUACAUAUUACCUAUAUAUAAAUGAGGAAGUAUAGAAAGAUGUGAGGUAUAAAAAUAAUUUUUCUACGGCUCUAAGAUUAAAUUAAAAUAGAUAUUAUAUAGAGAUUAGAUUAAUUAAAAGGUGAACACAUAUUUGAAUUUGUUACUUACUCGUUAUUUUCACUGAAAAAGCGUAGAACAAAACUCUUCGAACUUUUUGAUACCCCGAAAAAUGUGUUUCAAUAUUUCAAGGAGGGAAAAUCGUAGAUUAUAGAAAUACUAAUAACUUUCUCGCUGUUAGAAAUCUAAAAUCAAGAAGACUUGCUUAACUCAUACAAUAUCAUAUAUCAUAAACAAUUUUUAGGAUUUACCAACAAUAUCUUCACGUUGUUUCGAGUCUGCAGCAAGGCACAGUUUUUUUUCAAGAGACAACACCGAAAAAUUCAUUCAAUUUUGUCGUCGUCUUGGUGUACAUCAACAUCUUUUAUUCGAAAGCGAUGAUCUAGGUUCAUAUUACACAUUAUUUACAGAUAAAUAUUAUUUUAAUCAAUCAGACAAAUACAAUUUUUGGUUUUUUCUAAAAAUGUUGUUUUGCAUCCCAGUUUUGCAGAACAAACCUCGUAAUGUCGUAUUAUGUCUGAUGGAAGUUUCCCGGUUGGCUUCUCGGUUCGGGUUGGAACCACCGGGUUUGGUGCAAAUGGAAAAAGAAAUUGACGCCGAAGAAGCCAGAGACCAAAAUGACAACUCAAAUACAUCACAAAUAUGCACUCCGAAUAUUAGACAUCGGUUAGUUGUGAAUAUAUUUUACUUGGUAUAAAAAUAAUAAUAUAUUCAAAUCGCAAAUGAAAAACUGUGCAUAUUAUUUAUAGCUCGACCAGUGCAAUACCAAUGGCCAUCAGAUCGGUGAGCAAAUUAAGAAGGACAGAGAGCCUCGGAGCUGCGUCAAUGGCCACUUUGAAAUCAGAAUCAGACACUACAGACGACGAUUGCACGAUGGAAGGAGGCAAUAACUUCAGCGAACUUGAUUACAAAGUAUAAAUUUAAAUUUAAUUUUUUACCUCCCAACUAACUAUAACCUAGUAAUCAAGUAACCUAUAUACAUAAUGUUGGACGUAAAUAGGUAUUAAAUUAGCCUAUUUUUUACAGGUAAAACAAGCUAGUCGACAAGCCCUUACACAGUGUCGUUGUCAAGGCAAGAAACUGAAAUUGAAAAAAAUAGGUGAAGGAAGGUACAACAUUCACGGCCGAAACGUAUUCAUUAGGGUAAAUGUCAAUUAAUGUUUUACUUCAAUAUUGGUAUCGAAUUAUUUGAUGAAUAUUUUUGUUGAAAUAUUAUAUCUACUAACACGUUUUUUUUUUUUCAAAAGCUGUUAAAAGGGACACAUAUGAUGGUACGUGUUGGAGGCGGAUGGGAUACACUAGAAAAUUUUCUGACUCGCCACGACCCAUGUCAAACGCCCGGUCGUCCGGUAGUUCGAAUCUCCUCACCUUCCAAUAAUCGAACACCAUCGCCAGCACCGCCAAACAGUCGUAUACAGUCACCUUCGCAACGCAAGUCGUCCAUACCGAGAUACCUGGGAUCAAAGUUUAAUUCACCCAACGCAUUCAAAACACUACCCGAAUCUACACUUUUAGCACGCUAA